AUGACAUUGGCAACCUUCUUAAAGGUUAAUCCACCUAUGUUCAAGGGAACCACCAAUCCGACUGAAGUCGAUACUUGGUUUCGGGCUAUGGAGCAAGCACUGCAAGCACAGUUGGUACCUGAAGAGCAGUGUGUUGAAUUUGCUACCUAUCUGCUCACUGGAGAAGCAUUGCAUUGGUGGCAAGGAGCCCAACGUCUCCUGCAGCAAGGUGGUGACCCUAUCACUUGGGAUGCCUUUCAGGUAGAAUUUUACAAAAAGUACUUUUCAAAUUCUGCUAGGACGGCCAAGGAACUGGAGUUACUACAACUGAAGCAGGGUGCUAUGUCCGUGUCUGAGUAUAUAGACAAAUUUGAGGAACUAUUCAGGUUUUUCCAUAUGUGUCAGGGAGCUCUGGGAGACUUCGAAGAAUGGAAGUGCAUUAAGUAUGAAGGAGGGCUCCGGAGCGAUAUCUUAAGUUUAGUGGGACCAAUGGAGAUCCGAACUUUCUCAGAGUUGGUGAAUAAGAGCAUAAUUGCUGAAGAGUGUGUGAAAAAGGUGACUGUAGAGAAAGGAAGUCAUAGGGAGAGGAUGCACACAACACUUUCCCCAAGGACGGAAUAA